AUGAGAAAUCUGAGUGGGGGCCACAUAUCCGAGUUUGUUCUGGUGGGCUUCCCUACUUCCGCACCCUUCCAGCUGCUCCUUUUUGCCCUCUUCCUUGCAAUCUACCUGUUGACGCUGUUGGAGAAUGCACUCAUCAUUUCUACAAUCUGGCUCACGCCAAGCCUCCAUCGCCCCAUGUAUUUUUUCCUGGGCCAUCUCUCCUUCCUGGAGCUGUGGUACAUUAAUGUCACAGUUCCCCGGCUCCUGGGAGCUUUUCUUAUGCAGAACUGUAAGAUCUCCUAUGUUGGUUGCAUGACCCAACUCUACUUCUUCAUUGCAUUGGCCUGCACCGAAUGUGUCCUGUUGGCCGUCAUGGCUUACGAUCGCUACCUGGCCGUCUGUGAGCCCCUUCGCUACCCCAGUCUCAUGUCUUCCAGGCUGGCCACUCGCCUGGCUCUUUCUUCUUGGGGUAGUGGCUUCUUCAGCUCUAUGAUGAAGCUGAUUUUCAUUUCUCGCCUGUCCUAUUGUGGCCCCAACAUCAUGAACCACUUCUUCUGUGAUAUCUCCCCACUGCUGAAUCUCACCUGCUCUGACAAGGAGCAAGCAGAACUGGUAGACUUCCUCUUGGCCCUGGUGAUGAUUCUGCUCCCCCUGCUGGCUGUGGUUUCAUCCUAUGCAGCAAUCAUUGCAGCCAUCUUGAGAAUUCCCACUGCUCAAGGGCGCCGCAAAGCCUUCUCCACUUGUGCUUCUCAUCUCGCUGUGGUUAUCAUCUACUACUCCUCCACACUCUUCACAUAUGCACGACCCCGAGCUAUGUACACCUUCAACCACAACAAGAUCAUCUCUGUGCUCUACACUGUCAUUGUCCCCUUCCUCAACCCAGCCAUCUACUGCCUGAGGAACAAGGAGGUGAAGGAUGCCCUCAGAAAGGCGGGUAAGAGGGCCUCUCAGCGGUGA